UUGGCUAAGCUGAAAGCUCAGGUCUCCCGUGAACUUAUGGCUGUCAUGUGUGACUUUGACAGCCAGUUUUGUCUUUCGUUUUGGCCUGUUACUUCAACCCCAGACCUGAAGCAUGUGACCUGUUAAUCUGCAGCACUUUUCAGCACCCUCGGGAGAAAAAGGACUCCCAUCUGAUCAGAUACGUCCAGGCUACAUUCAAGAGACACAAAUAGCAACAGCAAGGCAUCUUCCAAAGCUUACAUUCUGGAAGAAAACAGAGAGAACGAGAGCGAGAGAGUGAGAGAGUGGUGGUUUUUAACUCGCAGAUUCUAUUCACAAACUGUUCCCAGCACUCUGAUUUGACGUCUGUCAUGGACUUCAGGAGGACGCAUCAAGCUUUCCGGGAACGGUGGGAGAAGACGGAUGACAAAAUGUGCAAAAACAGCAUGUCCUUUCACCUGCACAGUACGCUCAGGCAAGAGUUUUUCGCCAGCUACCUUUACUUACUGGAGCAGAUACCUUUGGUGAAACUAUAUGCCGUGACCUGUGAGUUCAUCAUGGGAGAGAAGCAGUUCUACUACAGGGCCCAGAAUUUUUACAGAGAUGUACCAGCAUCAGAGGAGGGUAUGAUGGGAGGUUUUGUGGAGAUCUCAGAAGUGGACCUGGAGGGCUCCAGACAGUUCCUUAAGAAUUUUGUGGGACCAGGGAAGGCCGAUACCAAGCGAGCCCUUGAUUGCGGCUGUGGGAUUGGCCGGGUGUCGAAAGGGGUUCUGUUUCCUGUAUUUGAAACCAUGGAGAUGUUGGACAUGAUGGAGGAGUUCAUUCUCCAUGCCCAUGAGUGUUACUUGGGUGACUACGCUGACCGUGUGGAGACCUAUUACCUGGACAACCUGCAGGAUUUCACCCCUCCACUCGAUAGAUAUGAUGUCAUCUGGAUGCAGUGGGUAGCUUGUCACCUGACAGAUAGAGAUCUGCUGGAAUUCUUGAGGCGAGCAAAGGAGAGCCUUAGGCCCAAUGGGGUCAUCAUUAUAAAGGAUAACAUGGCACGGCAGGGCUGUAGACUGGACCCUGUUGACAGCAGUCUCAUCCGCCAUCUGGACAUCAUGAAGAGCAUUAUCCAAAAGGCUGGCCUCACCAUCCUGGACAUGCAGAAGCAGGAGGGCUUCCCUGACAUCAUUGUGCCCGUGUGGAUGAUUGCCAUGCAGUGAGCUGGCACUAUCUCAGUAUUUCACGGAAAGCACUGUAAACAUGACAGGUAGGGCUUUAUAAAUGAAAAAUUCAUAGUACAAUAACCACACAAACCAAUAUCACAGUUUUCAGAAAAUGGGAUAGAUAGAGAGAUAGAUAGAGAGAUAGAUAGAUAGAUAGAUAGAUAGACAGAUUUUUUAUUGUCAUUGUUUUAAAAACAACGUUUAGCAGCUCUUAAGGAUUGGUAAUAGACACAUAAUAGCAAAACAUAAAUAACAAUAAAGAUACCCACAGUGAGGUGAUAUGUACACAGUAG